AAAUGGUUGGUUUAAAAGCCGAUUGAAAUGUCUUUCAUAUUUUGGUCCAAAUGUGUGAUAAGAUCUCAUUAUUUGGUUCAUUCACUCAAAUAUAUAUCAUUUGGUAAUCGGUUUGCCAUCAAUUGGACACACAUUAAGACAUCGCUGAAAGCGGUUCCGACGACUAACCGGUGUUUGACACAAAUCAGACAUAAAUGCGGUGUUAAUGAAGCGUUGAAUCGGCGGCCAAAGACCUUAUGGUCAUGGAAUAUAAUCUCCGGUUUAUUGGUUUGGUUGGGAAUCAUUGAAGAACCCGAAGACCCGUUGAUAUUAACCAUCAAAAGAGGCGUCUAUUGUAUGCAAUGCGAAGAGUACUCCAAAGCGGAACUCAUUCUCCAUUCGGCUCUUCAUAUGUCCCAAGAGUUGGCCUUCGAGUCCGCGGAGACCUAUGUGUUGGAUGUGUUGGCAAACAAUUACUUCAAGAAAGGAGAUUACGUGAGAGCGGAACAAGUGUUCAAAGAUGUGUUUAACCGGGUUUUGGCCAAAGGGAUGGCCCCUAACGAAGAGCCCAUCGUUGAGAUGUCCAUCAAAUUGUCUCAUAUAUACAGCAUUACCGGUGAUGUCGACAAAUCGGAUAUCGGUUUUGACUUUUGUCUCACCGAACAGACCAAACGAGUGGACGGGUUUCGGCACAAGUGUUGCGACGAUAUGACAGAUGAAGAAAUCAAUUCAAUGGCACUGAUGGGCAUGUGUUACGACUAUUACUCCAAACACUUGUCAUCCAUCGGACACUUUGACAAAGCGAUUGAUAGUCUGACAAAAGCCAUAGAUAUUUGUCUUAAUAUAAAUGGCAGAACACAUUCGCAGACAUUGGUUCUGUACAACGAUUUGUCGGCCAUUUAUGUCCACAAAAAGGAUUACGAGAACGCUUUGGUUUAUAUGAAGAAAGCCAUCGACGGUGCGGUCACUACUGAAGACAAGCAUUUGGCUAAAUAUUACACAAAUUUAGGUUUUGUUUAUUUGCAACGCUUUGAAAAGGAUUUGGCCCUCAAGUGGUGCACCGAAUCACUGGCUCUUAUACUUCGGGCCAAAGACAACGAUAAGGAGACCAAUAGAGACAAAACUAAAGACAGAAAAUUACUUGAAGAAAAAGCUCGCAAAUGUGUGGCCGAUUCAACCGCUCUUAGGAAUCAAUAAUUUACUCGCUUAGAGCUUAUUUCAGUAUAACGUUUGUUGUUUUAGGCAAUAGUUUCAAUUUAAUUCCUUAAUUAA